GUGAUCGAGUCGGGACGGACUGGAAAACACAGGCACGGUUGGACUGAUCGACCUAGAAAGCCACUUUUAAACAACAUGGUUCACAAACGAUGCUAAUCCUGGAAGUACAAAGCAACCGUGUACCGUACGGAAUAAGAACAGGCAGCCAAACCGUUCGAAAACAUAAGAACCUUUACUUAUCAAUGCAGUGAUUUGUGACCGAUACGGAGUACCCACAAUUCAGUGCACAUUAAGGCCGUACAGUUUACCUCAUCAUAUAUCGCGUUGAAUUACGAGCUUAUCGGCGCGCCAAACAACCUUCAAAAUGCUUCCGUUAACGCAUACAGACUCACGUGGAUUCGGGUAUCGGAUACGGGAAAAGUUCAAUAGUCUCACCCGACUCAUUCUCUCCGAUCGCAACUCACGCAAUUUGUUCUUCUUUUUGCUGCUUAAUCUGAGUUUUGCCUUUGUCGAACUUAUGUACGGAAUAUGGACGAACAGUUUAGGACUGAUCUCGGAUUCAUUCCACAUGUUUUUCGACUGCACGGGGCUCCUGGCGGGACUGGCGGCUUCGGUCAUCACGAAAUGGCGAGCAAACGAGAAAUACUCUUACGGAUACGUGCGGGCGGAAGUGCUUGCCGGAUUUGUGAACAGCUUGUUCCUGCUUUUCAUCGCAUUUUUCAUCAUGUCCGAAGCGGUCGAGCGAGCCAUCGAACCACCUGAGGUGAAACACGAGCGUUUGUUUGUCGUAUCGGUGCUCGGGCUGCUGGUGAAUCUGGUCGGUAUCUAUGCAUUCCAACACGGCGGCCACGGACACUCCCACGGAGGUGGCGGACACGGUCACUCCCACGGAGGUGGUGGUGCAAGCCACGGACAUUCACACGGCGGUGGCGCUAGCAACAGUCACGAUACGCACAAUCUGCUAUCGAAUAACCAUCAUGGACAUUCGCAUGGUGGAAACGAUCAUCACGGCCACAGCCAUGGUGGAGGUGAAAUCGUGUCCCACAACUCGCAGAUUAUGCGUGGCGUGUUCCUGCACAUUCUGGCUGACACACUCGGAUCGGUCGGUGUAAUUAUUUCGGCCGUGCUGAUGCAGCUCUUUGGCUGGAUGCGAGCCGAUCCGAUCUGCAGUAUGUUUAUUGCGCUUACCAUUGGUGUCAGCACGCUUUCGCUCAUCAAGGAAUCGGUGAUGAUUCUUAUGCAGCGGCAGCCCGUGGGUCUUGAUCGGUUAUUGCCGUCCUGCUAUCAGAAGGUAACCGGGCUGGCGGGUGUCUAUAGCGUACAGGAGCCACACUUCUGGACGCUCUGUACCGACGUGUACGUCGGUGUUAUUAAGCUGGAGGUUUCCAAGAACGUCGACCCGAAGUAUGUGGUACAGCAUACGCGCAUGAUCUUCGAAGCGAUUGGCGUCCGGCAGAUGAACAUACAGCUGGACUACUCCGCAAUGUGAUAAUUCCAAACCGGGGCAAAACUUGAGCCAGGGAACAGGAGCCGGAAUUAGGGAAUCCUAGGUCCUUUCCGGCUUCUCGGCAUUUUUACAGGUUCUUUUCUUAAGCCCUCCCGCCGGCAUUUAUCACUUCCUCCUGAUACUACCUCUUUCCCUGUCCUAGAAUUAUCGGUUGUAUCCUUUCCAUUUUUAUCGAUAAGCACCACCUAGUGGAAGAAGAAGUAUUGCUUACAAACAUUUCAAAGGUAGGAAUUAUGCUGCGUCUCGUAACACAGCAGACAUUUCGUAAGGUAUUGGGUUGGAUCCCGAACGUCUCUGCUGAUCGUCAUUCAAUCAACGACGUUGAUUUCCUGUUUGCUGCGAUAUUCAUCACCAAGCAAAACCAAUGGCAUUAUAUAGCUGUAGCGUGCUGUGGUUGUUCAACCAGAUUAUUCUUAUUUCUUAAUACAACAAAAAAGUCGCUACAUGUUAGGCUACAUGUUAUGUGUGUCCGUUGAGGAUGCUGGAGACGUAAAAUAUAAUAAAUAAUUACAAAAGUGAAAAAAGGAUGAACUAUUGUGCAGCAAUAGGUUCAUUCACGAACACGUAGGCAUGGAUCGACCGUAAGAGGAACAAGUUGUAAUGCAUCGUAAUGCAGUUCUGUUUAUUUUACACUACUUACCUUCUGCGAAAGGUGUAAAUUGGAAACAAAAUAUACAAUUACGUUGAAAUGGG